AUGACAACACUUAAACGCCCUCCUAUAGGAGUUGACCUUUAUGCAAGGUUGCACACUAAACAGUCUACUCAAGAGUACAUUACACCAAAGGCAGCUAAAGUUCAGAAGGCUUAUGAAAGUGCUAUGGUGGCUAAGUUUGGUGAUGAUACUAGUUGCCACCCCCUCUUGGAUAAUGAAACAUGGUGUGAUGUUUCCGGAGGAGUCAAGAAAGGAAGAAUAUAUGGAUUCGGAUCUGUGUCUGAUCCAGCGAGCUUUUUGGAAGGAACAUCUAGUACAAUAACAUCCCAAGAUAUGCAUGGGGAAAUGGAUGCUAAAGCUGCAGAAAUGGAAGCUAAACAUCAACAAAUACGUGAGGAAAUGGAUUCCAAAGCUGUAGCAAUAGAUGCCAAACAACAACAAAUUGAUGCAAAAUAUGAAGCAAUGGAGAAGAUGUAUGCAGCCUUGCAAAAUAUGAUGGGAAAUUGA